AUGUUCCUGAUACCAACUUCUUCAGAGUUGAACAGUAGGCAGAACUUCCUAACCCAAUGGGUGACUGAUCCUUCUCGGGCUGGAGUCAUAUUAAAUCAUGGAUUUCCUAUUUUGGAAGCAGAUGAAGAAAAGCGAACAAAUGUGAACAUUUCCACCAGCUUUCCUGUUAAAGCCACACAUUUUUCAAAUAGCUUGAACUUUAUAAGUAAAGAAGAUUCACUUCAUGAAGAACAGAAGUUGGAGUCUAACAGCCCAUACAGAUUACAAUCAGAUAAAUCUGAAACACAUAUAUUUUUUCCUUUGCCUAAAAAAGGACCACAACCAGUGGCAUGUCAGGAUGCUCCAGGACACUGGGAAGAUAAUAAGAGUGACUUUAUCUCAGAUCUUGCAAGUGAAUGCAAAGAAGUGGUUUAUAAAGACCCACUUUUUAAAAAGCUUGAACAGCUGAAAGAGGUGCAGCAGAAGAAGCAGGAACAACUGAAGAGGCAACAGAUGGAACAACUGCAAAGACUUAAGGAAGAGCAAGAGAAGCUGCUCACUAUGGUGUCGGGGCAGCACACACUCCCAGGUGAAGAUGUUUUACCAUGUUGGGAGAAAAUGACAAACCAGAUAGGUGAAGUGAAUGCUGUGAACUUAAAAAAAUUUGAUGAUUCCUCAGAAGUUGUUAAUAAUGAAGAAAGGCCUAUUAAAGCUGCUAUUAGAGAAAGGAAACAGACAUUUGAAGACUACUUGGAAGAACAAAUUCAGUUGGAAGAACAAGAAUUGAAACAGAAACAGCUAAGGGAAGCAGAAGGAUCAUUACUAAUCAAAGAAAAACCAAAACAUCCAUUCUUAAAACGAGGAGAAGGUUUAGCUAGAUUUACUAAUGCUAAAUCUAAGUUUCAGAAAGGGAAGGACAGUAAACUAGUGACUAGUCAGAGCAUUUCAGAGGACCAACCUAUGUUUAAAAUAGACAGGCAACAAUUCCAGCGGAAAACUGCUCUUAUAAAUAAAGAACUGUGUACAGAGAACCCUCCUGUUAAAAAGAACAAUAAAGCUAGAACCAACAGUGGUUCUGUCACACUCAAUCAGAAGCCAAAAGUGCUUAAUGGUGAUAUUAGGAAAGGUCUCUUUCCAUCAGGAUUGAAAAUACUGGCAGGGGAGAAAUGUGAUGGGCAAUUUAGAGAACAGAUCAAGUUAGAAAAAAAAUUAGAAUCUAAUAAUAAAGAAAAUGAACACGAGUGUUCAAAACCUUGUGAUGUUGGUUGCAAAGUUUGGAAUAACACACAAGUUAAAGAUAGCCUUCCCCUUUUGACAGGGCUGGUUGGCUGCAUGGCUUCUAAGAGUUCAAUAAGUGAGACAUUGAAAGAAUCAGAAUCUUCUCUUGACAUUUCUCUUCAGAAAAAGUUAGAGAAUUGGGAACGAGAAAAAGAAAAGGAAAAUUUGGAAUUAGAUGAAUUUUUGUUUUUAGAGCAAGCAGCUGAUGAAAUAUCAUUUUCCAGCAAUUCCUCAUUUGUAUUGAAGAUCUUAGAGAGGGACCAACAGAACUGCAAAGAUCAGCGGCUGUCUUCUACUCCUGUCAAAGCUGUGCAGCAGCAAAAAAUGAUGUCACUGGGUCUCAUUAGUCAGUGUAACAAAAAUGAGCAUCUAGUCCGUAUUGAAUGUGAAAAUGAGGGUGAGUGUGAGGUUGCACCCAAAGAAAUUAAUUCAGUGUUUUUACCUGAGGGAUUGGGGACACCGUCUUGUAAAGUCAGUAAGAAGGUGUUCCAAAUGAGCACUUCGGAAAAUCAGGGGAGAUGGAAUGCAAGCAAUGAUGAUAUAAUGAACACUGACAGUAGCACAGACUCUGAGGAACAACUGGGCAUUAUAAAAUCAUCAACUGAGGAUAGUGAAAGGGGUUUGAGAAGCAGAGAAGAUAGUCCACAAGUCUGUGAAGGUAAGGGACCUUUCAGGAACACGGGGACUCAAGAAGAAGAUAAAAGGAGAGAUGUGGAUUUGGAUUUGUCUGAUAAAGAUUAUAGUGGUGAUGAGUCCAUCAUAACAGAAAGCUUUAAAAAUAAAAGUUCUGAAUCCUCAAGAAGACCCUCAUCUGUAAGUGUGAGUAAAAUCGACUUUGAUGAUGAAAGAACUUGGACAGAUCUUGAAGAGAAUUCAUUUAAAAAUGACAUUAUGCUUGGGAAUGAAGCCAUUGAUGGAACUCCCCAGACAAUCUACCCUAAUAAGAGUGAGAUAUGUAAAAUGGACAAAACAGUAAAAAGGAAAGUUGCACCAGUCAAGAAGGAAGACUUGAGCCAAUUCAGCAGAGGCACAAGUCCUCCUCCUCCAUCCGAUCUGAUGAUGAAAUUCUUCCCUUCUUUGAAACCAAAACCAAAAUCAAAGUCAGAGUCACACCUGGGAAAUGAACCCAAGUUAAACAUUCAAGAGCAACCCUCUGGUGACAGUGCUCGAUCUGAAGUUUUGAGAGAGAAAGUCAUUGAAUUGGAAAUGGAAAUAGAAAAAUUUAAAGCUGAGAACACAUAUUUAGCUAAACUUCGCAGUGAACGAGAAAGUGCCUUAGAAAAACUCAGGAAAGAAAUCACAGACUUUGAACAACAGAAAGCAAAUGAAUUGGCUCAAAUAAAAGAGUUUAAAAAGGAGGAAAUGAGGAAGCUACAAAAUAAACGCAAAGUUUUUGAAAAGUAUACUACAGUUGCAAGAACUUUUCCAGAUAAAAAGGAACGUCUAGAAAUACAGGCUUUGAAACAGCAGGUAACAGAUUUACAGGAAGAUUUGAAAAGAAAAGAAGCAAAAUGGUCAAGUACACAUGGCCGUCUUAGAAGCCAGAUAGAAAUGUUGGUCAAAGAGAACACAGACCUCCGGGAAGAAAUAAAAGUGAUGGAGCGAUUCCGACUCGAUGCUUGGAAGAAAGUGGAAGCCGCUGAGGGCAGCAUCAAGAUGGGUCAGUGCAGGGCCGCCGUGAAGAAAGAGCGGCCCAUGAAUUCAUCAGUUCAAAUUCAAAAGAGUCAAAAUUCUUCAGAAACCCAGCUAGAGACAUACAAGAAAAAUGAUUUGCCCAUACAAGGCAAUCCAUCUCGGAGAUCCAAGUCUGUGUCUUCUCGUGACUUACGCAAUUUGGAUAAGGGACAAGUAAAUCUCUUUAUAUUUUUAUAUAUUCAAACAUGA